ACGUUGUCACCAGUUGACAGUUGCAGGUUAGCGUAGCGCAAACGCAAGAGUAUAGAAUCGACAUCGGGUGCGGUACAGAUAAUUUCUAAAUAAGCUGAGAUUUUUGUGUUUUGACUGGAAAGUUUUUCUCAAAACUCUUUUCCAGGGUGUGAGUAAUUUGGCAGCCAUUCGUUAUGAGUUACCAAAGCAGGACAAUGCCCUAUCAAGGUGCAGCAGACAUGCCGAAGGAACAGUCGGUUUUGGCUUGGCAACACAAUAACUACAUGGGUGAUUCAGGAAUACACUCGGGGGCUCAAACCCAAGUCCCUUCUUUGACCGGAAAGGAAGAAGAAGAUAUGGAUUUAUUUGAUUUAGACCAGGGUAGCUAUUCGGGAUUUACUCAAGAUCAGGUCGACGACAUGAACAAUCAACUGAACCAAACCCGGUCUCAUCGAGUUCGAGCGGCGAUGUUCCCAGAAACUUUAGAAGAAGGACUUGAGAUUCCGUCUACGCAAUUUGAGGCAGGACAUCAAACGGCUGUUCAACGUCUAGCCGAACCCAGUCAAAUGUUAAAGCAUGCGGUGGUAAAUUUGAUUAAUUAUCAAGAUGAUGCUGAACUGGCCACAAGAGCAAUUCCGGAAUUAAUAAAACUGCUGAACGAUGAAGAUCAAGUGGUUGUGUCUCAAGCGGCUAUGAUGGUGCAUCAGCUAUCAAAGAAAGAAGCAUCUCGGCAUGCUAUAAUGAAUAGCCCUCAAAUGGUUGCAGCUUUAGUUAGAGCCAUUUCGAAUUCAAAUGAUCUUGAAACAACAAAGGGUGCUGUUGGUACUCUGCAUAAAUUAUCACACCAUAGGCAAGGUUUAUUGGCUAUUUUUAAAAGUGGUGGAAUACCUGCUUUAGUGAAACUCUUAAGUUCUCCGGUGGAAAGCGUUUUAUUCUAUGCCAUCACCACUUUGCACAACCUAUUGUUACACCAAGAUGGUUCCAAAAUGGCUGUACGACUUGCUGGUGGCUUACAGAAAAUGGUGGCACUCUUGCAGCGAAACAAUACAAAAUUUUUGGCUAUUGUAACGGACUGUCUGCAGAUACUCGCUUAUGGAAAUCAGGAAAGCAAACUUAUUAUCCUAGCAUCACAAGGGCCCAUCGAAUUGGUUAGAAUCAUGCGAUCUUAUAACUAUGAGAAGCUGUUAUGGACCACGUCUCGUGUAUUAAAGGUUCUAUCAGUGUGCUCCAGCAACAAACCGGCAAUUGUUGAAGCUGGCGGAAUGCAAGCUUUGGCUAUGCACCUCGGCAAUUCCAGUCAACGACUAGUGCAAAAUUGCCUCUGGACCUUAAGAAACUUAUCGGAUGCCGCUACUAAAGUUAACGGACUGGACUCCCUGUUAUCGUCUUUGGUGCAAGUUCUUGCAUCCUCCGAUGUGAAUGUAGUUACAUGUGCUGCAGGUAUAUUGUCUAACUUGACAUGUAAUAAUCAGUUUAAUAAAGAAACAGUUUGCCAAUUUGAUGGAAUUUCUGCUCUUGUUCGUACUAUUAUGAAUGCUGGCGAUAGAGAGGAAAUUACAGAACCUGCAGUCUGCGCUUUGAGACACUUGACAUCACGACACGAUAAAUCAGAGUUGGCGCAAAAUCAAGUCAGGGUUGUUGGAGGUAUACCCGUAAUCGUGCGCUUACUGAAUCCACCAUCUCGCUGGCCAUUGGUGAAAGCUGUCAUCGGGUUAAUACGUAAUCUGGCUUUAUGCCAGGACAAUUUUGCCCCCUUGAGAGAAUCAUGUGCUAUAAACUAUUUGGUGCAAUUAUUGAUGAGAGCUUAUCAAGACAUUCAAAGGCGCGCCAGCCUGCCGACCGGUGGCAGCCAACAGCCAGGAACGUAUGCUGAUGGAGUUCGUAUGGAAGAAAUUAUUGAAGGUACUGUCGGUGCUCUACAUAUUCUGGCUCGAGAAUUUUAUAACCGCGAACAGAUUCGUCAACAAGGCGUCAUUCCGGUGUUUGUUCAACUUCUCUUCAACGAUAUUGAAAACAUCCAGCGCGUCGCAGCCGGUGUACUUUGCGAGUUAGCCGCUGAUAAAGAAGGUGCUGAUUUGAUCGAACAAGAAGGAGCCACGGCGCCAUUGACUGAACUUUUACACUCGAGAAAUGAAGGUGUAGCCACGUAUGCUGCUGCUGUUUUGUUCCGUAUGUCGGAGGACAAACCGCAAGAUUAUAAAAAGAGGCUUUCUAUGGAGCUUUCCAGCUCCUUAUUUAGAGAGGAAAAUCUUUGGAAUCCUGAUCUAGGCAUGGGAGCAGACUUCCAAGAUAUUUUGAGCCCUGAACCUUAUGAUACUAUGUAUGCACAAGGUCCACCAAGUGUUCAAGGCAGCCACGCAGGCAGGCCUUAUCAGCAAGGAUUCUAACAAGGCAUCUAACAGCUUUAAAUUAUAAAGGCUAUGACCAGAUACCCAUAAGCAUUCCAAUGGAUAUCGGUUCACCCUUAGACGCAAUGGACGUAACAGGGACAGAACCAGAUUUAAAUUUUGAUCAGUUGCCCGCACCACCUCAAGACAACAACCAGGUGGCAGCAUGGUACGAUACUGAUUUGUAAUAACAUCAACGUUGCUGCAAGUUAGAUUUAGUUCUUCUAAAUAAAAUAAAGGCACUUGGUCUGUGAAUGAGAGUUUGUGCAUGACAAGCCAAGUGCUUGAUUUACAUGCGCAAUAUAAGUAAGUAUGAAUAAUGUAGGUGAUGUGGUCAAAUCAGUGCCCUACCAUAUCACAUCUUUAUUACUGUUUUUUUAUUUUUGAUAUGGUUAUUAGUGUACAGGGUUCGGUAAGUCAUUGCAGGGGGGUUUUAUUAUUAAGUAACUAAAGAUAUAUUGUCUUAUGCCGCAUUCGGAAAGAGCUCAAAUGUCUAGAGGUGUUAAAAUUGUGACUUUAACAAUCAAACUUACUAAUGCUAUUAAUUACUAAAACGACUUGGAAUUAUUUAUCUUUUCAAGUGUAAUAUUUUUGCUAUUAAUUCCUCUUAAAAAAAUAAUGUAAAUAUGUUCCUUAAGUUUCCAUUCAAUUUGGCAAAGAAUAUUUAUAUCUUUACAUCUAACAAUAUAAUAUCGAUUUAUUAUACCGCAAUAGGGUUUGAACGAAUAACUUGUUGAUCCUAUUACUACCUUUUUCCUUUAUCAGAAAGUAGAUAAUUUAAUCUGCUUGAAAUUCGGUUGACCAAUUCUUAGCCUUGAAUGAGUACGUUUUUUGUAGCUUCCUGUAGCUGAAACUAAUUGUUCUUGAGAAUUGUAUAUUAAGGAUUUAUACCUGAAAUUACUUACGCCAAAACCUACUGCAAGGAUCCGACUUUUCAAAAAAAUCUUCAUUGCUGUCAGCAUAAGCUAUUCAGUUAUAAAAGUUUAUGUUUUCGGCUCUUAAAAUCAAGUUUGCAUUUAUUUAUGAUCAUAUCACAGAAAUUAAAAGUUUCUCAAAAUAUAGAUUUAAUGGUAAAAUUAGUAUUAUAGUGAAACUUUAUCAGAUGCCCUAGCAUAAAGGCAGUAAAGUUUUAUGACGACACCGAGCUUAAUAAUGUUUAAGUGGAUACGUGUUUUCUUUGGUUGAUUGUCAAUUUAAUCAAGAAUUGUAAAUUUGAAGAAAUUUACAGUUCCUCAUUAGAUUUAUUUUCUGAGAUAAUGAGAGCAACAAGGACACAUGCAAAAUAACUUUUUAAUUGCCUAGUUAAAAGGUUUGGAAAAUAAAAACAUUUUCAAUGAUAAAUUAAAAUAUGGGAUAAAAAGCAUUUAAACAAAUUUGAGUCCUGAGUGCAUUUGAGAUGCAAGACGCGUGUCCUAGUUGUUUUUGUAUAGUGCCGUUAUUGUAUCGCACAACUUUUACUUUCUUUGAUUUCGUCUGAAGGUUCAUAUUUAACUGUAUUUAGUAUAUAAAAUUUAUCGUAAAAGUAUUCUUAAUACAGGGUAGUUUGAAUCCAUCUUUAUGAAAAAGGCUAUUGCCUGCUGUAUAACCAACUAAUGGGUUUAUGCAUGUACUUUAUAGAAUUGGAUAUCAAUAAAUUUCUUGAUAAUUGUAUUA